UGGUGUUAGGGAAUCCUCACUCCUCUCCAAACGCAGAAGACUCACACUCCGUGGUUGUCGUAGGACGCGGCUUGAGAGUAGUAGGCUAUUAUUUUACUUGAAACAACACUGAAAGUGCACCUACCUACAGUAGGCAUUGAAUCCUUUUUUCCUGAGGAUAGCCCAUUGAUAGUAAAAGGUAGCCAGCCUACCGGAGAGACCAAACCAGGAGCAUCCAUGCAUUUUUCCGUGCACUUUUCCGAGGUAGCAUAUUCUCAACUGGGCAGUAUGCUGCCCAAUCUGCUGUAAAGGCACUGACAGCGCAGGCUCAUUCCCUUUUAAAGGCAACUUUGUAACUUCUGGAAUUACAUCUAACGGACCUCGCGGAUUUAAUGUGGCGAUUUACUUGACAGAAGGAAAGAGUUUGCUUAGGCCUACAUUUUUAACAUAGGCUACCGAUCUUGGGGUCAUCAUCAUCUUUGAAAUAUGUUCAGCAAGUGUUUGGUCGCGUUCUUGAAUUUCUCAAUUAUGGUGCGUGUGUUGAUGUCUCAUAAAUGUACGCCAUGUGAUCUACGGACGUGUCCACCGAAAGCCUGCGAGAGCGGUCGGACUCUGGCCAGGGACCCGUGCGGAUGCUGCGACCAGUGUACCCGAAUGGAGUGGGAGCCGUGCGGCGGCCAGGACUGGGCACUGGGCUACUGCGCCUUGGGACUAACCUGCGCGGCUGUCAACCAAACGCGAGUUGUAACGCUCCCUGAUAUAGGAGUUUGUAAAGUUCUGCCUGACAGUCCAGAGGCUGGGUUGGAGGAUGAGCGCUGUCCCCUGCAGACAGGAUGUGACAGGGCCGGGGCCAUGUGUGUGUGUGAUGCCCGUCACUCCUGCCUGGGCUCCUUCAGCUACCCUGACAUGGAAUCCUGCAUGAGGGCCAGCAAGACAGAGGGCCGUAGACAUGAGCACCAGGAGAGUCACAGGGAGAAGUUUGUGGGCCCCUCCAACCCAGCCUGCAUGUUCUCUGGGUGCAACCUGACAGCACAGGGCUGUGUGUGUGAGUCCCAGAGCUGCCACUAUCACUCCUCCUACAUCAACCGCAGCCAGUGCCAGGAGGCCGCAGAGGAGCUGAAGUGUGCCGGGACCACAUGUCCUGCUCUGCCGGUGCCCUCCUGUCCUGAGGGCUCGGUUCUGACCAAGAGCUACACUCCCCCUGCUGGCUGCUGCCCCACCGUGCCCCCCCAGUGCACCUGUGACCUCCGCGCGUGCCACAAGCCCCAGUGCCCCUCCGGCCAGAAGACUGUGCCACUCAGUCAGGCCACCGGCGAGCCAGGAGACUGCUGUGACUUGUUAGAGUGCCAGAAAGUUUCUCCCAAGUGUAUCCACAACGGGAAGGAGUUUUCCCAGGAGGAGGUGUACCGUAUGGACCCGUGCUGGCUCUGCCAGUGUCGAGGAGGGAUAUCCUUCUGCUCCAAAGCAGAAUGUGCGGAACUCGACUGUGAGAACUUCUACAUCCCGGAGGGAGAAUGCUGCCCCGUAUGCAUAGAUGUGGAGCUCCUGUCCAUGGACAGUACGGAGGCCAGCUGCUGGCUGAACAACAAACUGCGUGGCCACGAGGAGCAGUGGAAGGAGGAUGACUGCACCUUCUGUCAGUGUGUGGAUGGAGAGCAUCACUGUACCGCCAUGGCCUGCAAACAGAGCUGCCAGAACCCCGUCAAGAUCCCGGGAGAAUGCUGCCCCUUCUGCGAGGAGCCUUCGUAUGAGACAGUGAGCCCCAUGCUGUGUCCUCGUCUGGAGAACUGCUCUCGAUCAGGGAAGGACUGCCCCUACGGCUUCCAGCAGGACAACAAUGGCUGCCUGCUCUGCCAGUGCCUCAACCAUGACACCUGCCCUGACCUGGGGACAUACUGCUCCCUGCAAUGCCCCAUGGGAUACGAGAAGGAUAACUUUGGCUGCGAGGUGUGUGAGUGCAGCUCUCCAAUGCCCAAGUGCCGACCCCUGACCUGCAGCAAGACCUGCCCCUACGGAUAUGUGAGGAAUAAGCACAGCUGUGAGAUGUGUCGCUGUGUCAAGUGUCCCCCCUUCACCUGUGACAAGCACUGCAGCGAUGGCUACCGGCAGAACAGGAAGGGCUGCUCCAUCUGCAUGUGCAAAGAGAGUGGCCACCUGCCAAGCACCACUGCCCCCGCCCCCAUGCCCAGCUACUGCCUGACCUCCAACAGGCACCGCUAUGAGGAGGGCGAGAGCUGGCAUGACGGCUGCCGAGACUGCUACUGCCUUGCUGGGAGAGAGAUGUGUGUGCUCAUAUCCUGCUCUGUGCCCAGUUGUCCCAACCCCGUGGUCAGGCCUGACCAGUGCUGCCCCACUUGUGAAGAUGAGUCAGGCAGUGGUCAGCCAGAGGGCAUGGACCUGGUGGUGUGUCGAGCCCCUGGGGGGGAACUCUAUGUGGAGGGAGAGACCUGGAACCUGGACGAGUGUACACGCUGCACCUGCAGGAAGGGCCGCGUCCUGUGCGACACUGAAGUGUGUCCCCCUGCUGUGUGUCAGGCCCCAACCAGGAACACGGACACCUGUUGCCAUGUCUGCCCAGAGGACAAGCAGGGUCCCCUGCUCCCGGUGAGCACCAGUGAGCAGGAGUACUGUAUUUCCAGCGAGGGAGAUGUGCUGUUGGCUGGGGACACCUGGAAGGCCAACGCCUGCACCAGCUGCUCCUGCAACAAUGGAACCAUUCAGUGUUUCUCCCAGCGCUGCCCGCCUGCCAACUGCAGGGUGCCCGUCCUGCGCAAAGGCCAGUGCUGCCCUCACUGUCUGGAAAUGACAACAACUUCCGUUCCAAUGAUGGUGUCGACCAAGGCCCCCAAGACCAGGGCUACUACCACAGUGGACAACACAGUCUGGAUCACCACUGUCACUUUGCCUCCUAUCAUUGCUGCUACAGAUGGGAACAGCCUGCGAGAGAACUUCCCCAGUCAAACUGAGAUGGCUCUCAUCUACCAAUCAGCUGUCUGGAUACUGGCCGGUCUCCUCCUGGCCAUCGUCAUCUUCCUCAUCGUGGCACUCCUCAUUAACAAGAAGAAGAAGUGGGUGCAGAUGUCCUGCUACAGCGCCCCCAAGAAGACUGUGAUCCUGAAGAAGCAUGUGAAUAAGAACUCGGUGGUGUACAUGGAACCUUCAAAGGAGAACAAGUUCCAGAGCGUGAAGAAUGACUGUGGCAUCAACUUCUCCCCAGAGAUGAGCUCACCAUGUGGGGAGAGGAUGAGCAUCCCCCGGGCCAAGCUGAGUAUGGGCCAGGGCAGGGGGCAGCGCUAGACCCUCCUCCCCCUAAACACCAACCCCCCUUCAUCAGACCCCCAAACUCUACGUCGCCCAAAGGGCUACCAAGCACUUCCUCUUCUCUCUUUCUCACAUUCCCAUGGUGAUCGAUCCACAAACAAUACAUUGUACUGUAAAGACACACACACGCCUUGGAUCCCCCACUUCUCCUUCUCUCUCUCUCUCUCUCUCUCUCCCUCUGGCAGUAAAACUGAGGAUCCACAAUGAAAGACAAAACAAUGUAACUUCCUGUUGCUUUAUCAUACUGCUGGUACAGUGAGGAGAGACUGGGGAGGCAGGAGGAUGUGGCCAUUAUGGGACUUUGCCAUACAGUUCACCACAGACAGUGACAGCCAGCCAGAGAGGCUACUACUCAGCCAGAGAGAGCUCUGAAAUGUGAACAUGAUCAUCAUCGCUUCUCACCUCCUCUGGAACUGGAACAUGAAACUAAUAGGAGGAAUAUAACAGCUUUAGGACAGGGGUUUGGGUUCUAGUGUAGAGGGUCUCUAGUUUGCUGUUUUCUAUGUGCCGCAGCGCAGCACUCAAUUCAUCAACAAUUGUUUUAGUGAUGCCAAUUUAGCUUGUCUUCCAGUUAUAAUCAAAAUUGGAUGGGAGGGUAAAUCGAUGAACAGAUUAAUGGCUAGUUCCAUGACUCGCUCCUCUCCCCAGUCAAUGACUUUGAGCAGCAUCAGAACCCAGCAGACUCUAUGGCCCAAGAAAAAAAGAGACCCAAACUUCUGCUUUAGAACGUGUGGUUUCCAUCUUAGCUUUUUAAAAAAUAUAUAUUUCUAUAUGUAAUAGUUGUAGUGUUUUUCUUGAUCACGUCUCGUUUUUGUUAUGGAAGUCUCCAUGGUGGCAAGAUUAAAACAUUGUAAAUGUCAGACUAAACAUUCCCCAUCGAUGCAAAGGAAUGACUCUUCUCUUUCCACUUACUGUAGUGGUUUCUGUCUGCCUCAAAGGUGAUGACCAAAGUCAUUCAAUUCAGAAAACAACCAACCACCCUGGAGAGGGAAAACAGUAUGAGUGAAUAUAUUCUGCCUCAGCCAUGAAGCCAGUGUGUCUGUCUGUAAUACAGGAGGGUCCUUCCUCCUUCUCUACUCAAUAACUCUUAGUAUGAUUUCCUUCAGAAGAAAUCAUCCCAUUGGCUGGGCUUAAUCUAGAAAUGGGAAUGGACUUCAAGAUUAGGUGGAUUAAUACUAAUCCAGACUGUUAUAUUAUAGUUUGCAGAUAAGAGGACUCGUUACAGGAAACUUCAGAAGCAGUGCCAGACUUUCUGGAGUGACUCAUGAGGAAUGUCAACAUACAAUAGCCUCACUUAUAUAACUUAAUUUACAGCCGUGCGUAAACAUGAGCUACUGUUUCCAGAGAAUGUUAACAUAUACAUUAGUAGCCUUUAUUUUAUAGCCUUAAUGUUUUUCAUAUUCAUUGUUUCUCCUAUAAUGACAUAUGCUAGUCCAAUUCGGUACAUUUUGAAGAGUUAAACUGUUGUGCCAUGUAUUCCAUGCCCAGGUAACCUGACUGAAGGUCUCCCCAUUUCCACCAGUUUAUAACAUAUUACAGUGAACAGGGGCAAGGGGCAAGGGUCUCAAGGAGACUCUGCUAUGAAAUUUAAAAAAUUGUACAUUACAACAUCAGUGCAUGUUCAUAAAAUGUAGCACUUCUGUUAGGAUCCAGUGUUUUAAAAAGCUGUGGGUGAGAUUCCUGGCAGGAUAAAGGCCUAAUCAGGGAUUUGAUAGGCAUAUUUAGCACAUGGAGAUGAUGAACCACUCAAGUAAAUAUACUGUUGCAGCAAAGUCUAGGCUUAUUAACAAUCUGAUCAAACAAGUGAAAUAGCUGUGCUUUAGAGCAUUACAAAACAGACUGGGGUUUAAUAGGAAAUCUUUGGAUCCGAUUUCGUAGUUACAUUGCCAGUCUCUCGAUACAAAGACCUUUGUGAUGCCAAAACUGGGUAGAGACAAAUAUAGAUUUCUAUUGAAGAGUUUGAAAAGUAAUUCAGUAGAUUUGGGUCUGUUUGAAUCACAACCAUGUGGUUUAAAUGAAGGGAAGAGGCGACUUGUAAAAGGUUUUUGUUUUUCCUAUGUGUAAAAAAGGUAGAUAAAAGUAGUGGACAGAAGAGUUCCUUAUUUAUUUUUUCACAUAGCUUUAUUUAUUAAUACUAAACUAUAGUUUGAGUUAAUGAGAUGUGUUUUUGGCAAAUGAACUUGGUAGCCAAAGCUGCUGUACAUUUUAGAUAUUGUAAACCAUUUACCAUUUCUAUCUGCUUUGUUAUUCAAUCUUAUUUAUUUUACUGUUGCAAACUGUAAAUACAUUUUUCUUAGAUGUUGAACUAUAACAUUUACACUUAGUUUGAAAUGACCUUUACAUUUAACGUUUGGGAAGACAUUUCAGUGCUUGUGACAUUUUCAUGGUGAUACCGUGUUUACAAUGCAAAGUGUGACGGAGCUGGCUGAUGCCCCGUGCUUAUAAAAAAAGACUGGACUGGAAAUCCCUACAAAUAAAAUAAAUAUCCAUAUCAAUCAA